AUGGAGAACUUAAAAUCUGGCAGAGGUAUUCAAGUGGUGGUUCCUGGACCUGAACACACCUUCACCCUGGACGAGGAGGCGCUCGAAGAGCUCUUACUGAGAGAUGAUGUUAAAGACAGAUCAGUUGUGGUGGUGUCCGUGGCCGGCGCCUUUCGUAAGGGCAAGUCCUUCCUGUUGGACUUCUUUCUUCGAUACAUGCAUAACAAGUAUAAUCUUCAUGGAAGUGGUGAUGACUGGUUGGGGUCGGAGGACGAGCCACUGACAGGGUUCAGUUGGCGAGGAGGCUCCGAGAGAAAUACUACUGGGCUGCUGUUCUGGUCACAGCCAUUUAAGGCUACAUUAGAUAAUGGAGAAAAGGUGGUGGUCUAUCUUAUGGACACUCAAGGCACAUUUGAUAGUGAAACAACAGUUAAAGAGACUGCCACUGUGUUCGCUCUGUCCACAAUGUUGUCCUCUGUAGAGAUAUACAACCUGUCACAAAAUAUUCAAGAAGAUGAUCUGCAACAGCUGCAAUUGUUCACCGACUAUGGGCGCCUGGCACAAGAGACAUCUGAAGGCGCGCCCUUCCAGCGGUUGCUGAUGUUGAUAAGAGACUGGAGCUUUCCGUACGACCACCCUUACGGAGCAGUGGGCGGGCAGCAGUUAUUGGAGAAACGACUUAAGGUCCACGAGGGCCAGCACCCUGAGCUGCAAACACUUCGAGUCCAAAUCAUGAGCUGCUUCGAGGAACUCGCUUGCUUCCUCAUGCCCCACCCUGGACUCAAAGUAUCGAGUGAUCCAAAAUUCAAAGGGAAUUUGGCCGAUAUAAGUGAAGAAUUCAAGCUUUGUUUGAAACAACUUGUACCCAUGCUACUCGCACCCGAGAACUUGAUUGUAAAAAAGAUCGAUGGACACAAAUUGAAAUCCAGAGAUUUGCUUUUGUAUUUUAAGUCGUACAUAAAUAUAUUUAAUGGCCCAACACUCCCCGAGCCGAAGACUAUUCUAGAGGCAACUGCAGAGGCUAACAAUUUAUCAGCUAUGGCAGAAGCUAAGGAAGUUUACGAGACGCUGAUGGAAGAAGUCGCUGGUGGAGCGAAGUCCUACCUGCAGCCGUCACGACUCGAGGAGGAACACCACCGAGCGAGGGACAAAGCGCUGCACAGCUUCCGCUCCAAAAAGAAAAUGGGUGGAGUUGCGUUCGAAAACUUAUACGCUGACAGACUGGUCAAGGAGUUAGAGGAGCAGUACGAGCAGUACAAGCUUCGCAACGAGGACAAGAACCUGUUCGGUCAGGUGGGAACGAUGGUGAUUCUGCUGAUGUUGGCGCUGGGCAUGUACAUGGUGGGGACAGUGGCGGGCGUGUUGGGCAUAGAGUCACUGCAGGCUCUGGCCAAGACGGCGGCCAUGGUUUUCCUGAUCUUGAUGGCGGUUUGCAUCUACUCUAGAGUCACCGGCAAGAUGCGAGAUUUCACUAUGCAGCUGGACCAUCUGGCGGGAUAUGUGAUGGAUAAGGUUGGCCUGCUGGGAGGAUGGCGGACCGCUGCGACGAUACUCAGCUACAGCGGAGUCAAGAACAAGCAGUCAUAG